AUUCUUAGACCGUAGAGGAGUUCAGCUCGGUUUUCUUCUUGCUCCUCCUGCAGACAUGAGGAUCACAAACCGCAUUCCUGCAGUCAUGAGGCGCAGCUGAUCUGAGUCACAAGCCAGAGAGCGAAAGAGAGGAACAAGCCGAACACGUUCAGACACGAAAAGAAAGAAAAGUCAAAGUCUGAACUGGCAACCAGCUGCUUUCAAGGAACCAGUUUAAAAGGCUCUUCGCUUCUCAGGAAGAAUGACGACGCGGAGACUCAUGGACCAGAAGAUGGACUUUCGUCUGAGCCACAGGACCUUGUGACCUUUGACCUAAUGGAGGACAGGAAUGGGGAUUGCCAGGCGUCGGAGGAGACUGCUGUGGACUUUGAAACCAGACGAACCCAAACUGACCAACAGACCAACAACAACAGAUCCAAAUGGACAAACGGUCAGUGUAUCGCGGCGAUCCCGACCAGUUCAACGCUGAACCCCAGAUUUGAUCUGGAUCUCUGUCGAUCCAAACUGGAGCAGGAAGGAUUUGAGAUUCCUGUGACAGACAUGGAAGAUCCACUGAAAACGGCUCUGGAUGUCCCUUCAAUCAGAAGAUACAUGGUUUUCAACUCGGGCCUUUUCCACUUUGUUCUAGCGCCGGUGCUUUAUGUGGUGCUGUGGUGUGGAGUUUUCUCAACCCUCCACCUGUACAUCACCGUUACCGACUACUGGGUCCUCAUUCUCUCUGUCAGCCUGGUCUCCAUCCUCCUCACCACCGCCAUCAUCUACAUUCUUCAUCACAGUAACAAAGAUAUCAAUAUCAACAUCGACGUUCGGCUGAUCCAGGUGAAUGAGAGAAUGAUGAAACAUAAGCUGAUGGUGGGUGUUGCCGACUGGAUCCAGAACUGCACCGGACACAUGCAGCUGUGCUUCGUGUACUGGGACAUGUCUUACUGCUGGAGGACGCUGUGUGAAACUUUAGAGGAGCGCAGCUUUGUGACAAAUGAAAACCAGAAAACCAUGAAGAGCAGAAUGUCACAUCUAGUCUUGGUGACAGAGCUCCCUCCCAUCAACCCCGAGGCCGGCGGUUCAGAUGUCGACCAAGACUCUGAUGAAAACAGACCUCUGCUGAGAAAUGAGGACACGGGGUGCAGUACACCGUCCAGCCAGCGGGGGGACUCAAAGGUCACCUCUAACUACAGCCUUGUUCCUGAAGCUUCACUACCUGCUCAGGCUAAAGCCUACCAACUUCUGAUGACCUACGGUGCAGUGUAUGUGAAGCUGCUAAUGUCUGAGAGGCUGCCGGGGCCGUCCCGUCACCGCCUGCGGCCCCUGAGGAGCCACUGCACCACGGCUCCGGUCUGCCUCUGCCAGUACAUUAAAACCAAAGUCCUUCAAUAAAAACGAAAACUGAAAACUGAAGGCAAACAGACAAACGAACAGGAUUUAUCCUUCUGGAGCCAAUGUGGAUUUAAGUUAUGUUGAUCCGCUGAUGGACUCAUUGGGACCGUAACACUCUAUAUUUUGUUGUUGUUGGUUUUUCUCUUCAUCCUGUGAGGCAGCUUGUUUUAUUUUUACUUGCCUAGCUUCUGAUUUUCUGCCAGCUCUGUGUUUGCACCACCUGGGUGUUAAUUUGUUCGCAUUCAGCCAAAUGCUGUCAACAUUCAGCCCAACUGCUGGCAAACAACAUUUAUAAUGGUCUAUACAUGACAAUCACCACCAUAUUUACUAUCUAGUGUUGUUUAAAUUAUUUAUACAAAUGAUAAUUACGCUGUAGAGCUGUUUGAUGUAUAUAUAGUAUAAUAUAGUGAGCCACGAAGAAAGCUUUUCUGUGCUGUGAACUAUAAGGACCUUUAGUUGAAAAGGAAUGGAUGGAUACAAUGUUAAUCACAUUGAUUCAUACGUGAACUCUUGAUCAAAUGGAGAAAAGAAAGUACACCCCCUUUCAGUUUGAGCGUUUAUGCAUCAGGACAUAAUAAAUAUUAUCUGGUUUUUAGUA